AUGCCUGCUCGUCAACCAUUCGACUCCACAACCACGACUCCCCGUCUCAGCAUGGAGCGCCGCGAGUCAACGGACCAGCCUGACGAGACUGCCGACAUGAAGGAGACGUCUCACCCAUCUCUCGAAGGAGAUGAUCAUGAUAAAGAGACCGACGUGGAAAGUGCACAAGAACCACUCUCGUCUUCCGAAAAGCCUGCCGACAAAGACCCCAACCUGGUGGAAUGGGAUGGGCCAGAUGACCCUGGAAAUCCGCAGAACUUCUCUCGGCGUCGCAAAUGGUUGAUCACCGUGACCAUGUCCACGAUGACCAUGUGGAUUACAUUUGCCAGCAGUGUCUUCUCAACCGCUACCAUGGUGACCGCGAAGGAGUUUGGGGUCUCGACCGAGGUGAUGACCCUGGGAACGAGUUUGACCGUCUUCGGAUUUGCUUUGGGUCCUCUCUUCUGGGCUCCUUUGAGUGAGCUCUACGGACGCCGCCUGCCUCUGUUCUCCGGAUAUGCAGUCUUUGCGAUCUUCCAGAUCCCCGUGGCCGUGGCCCAGAACAUCCAGACGAUCAUGGUUUGUCGGUUCCUCGUCGGUGUCUUUGGUUGCUCGCCGCUCGCGGUCGUCGGCGGUGCAAUGGCCGACCUCUGGAAUCCCAUCGAUCGAGCCGUUGCCAUUGCCAUGUUCAGCUCGGCCACCUUCCUGGGUCCUGUCCUUGGUCCCAUCAUCGGCGGCUUCUUGACCGACUCGUAUCUCGGCUGGCGUUGGACCGCCUGGAUCACCCUGAUCACCUCCUCCUUCUUCGGUCUCCUCGCGCUCUUCAUCGUCCCAGAGACCUACGCGCCCAAACUUCUGCAGCAACGAGCAGCUCGCCUGCGCCGCGAGACCAAAAAUUGGGCUCUCCACUCCUUCCUGGACGAACACGAACCCAGUCUCGCCGAGAUCGGUCAGAAAUACCUCCUCCGUCCUCUCCAGAUGCUCGUCAUGGAACCCAUCCUCAUCUGCAUGACCAUCUACCUCGCCCUGGUCUACGGCAUCCUCUACCUCUUCUUCGAAGCCUACCCCAUCUCCUUCAACCUCGUCCGCGGCUGGACCAGUCUCGGCGUCGCCGCGCUCCCCUUCAUCGGCAUCAUGAUCGGUGUUCUCUUCGGUGCCGCCCUCAUCAUCUACACCACCAAAACCCGAUUCGCCCGUAAACUCGCCAAGCACGGCAAGGUCGUGCCCGAGGAACGUCUGGUCCCCAUGAUGGUCGCCUCCGUCUUGUUGCAUCGGCCCAUCGGCUCUUUGGGUCUCAACUACAUCAUCGACGUCUACAUGAUGUUCGCCAACUCGGCCAUCGCAGCGAAUACCCUCAUUCGAUCCGCGCUCGGGGGUGCCUUCCCCCUCUUCGCAACUCAAAUGUACACCAAUCUCGGCGUCGACUGGGCAUCGAGUGUCCUGGGCUUCAUCACCAUUGCUAUGAUUCCCAUUCCGAUUCUAUUCUUCUUCUAUGGUGCACGCAUUCGUGCCAUGAGUCGGUUCACUCCCAAGUUCUAA